AUGGCGUGCCGAAAGUCGCACUCGGCGCAGCACACAUGGGGACUCCAAACUCUUCCAUGUGAGUUACGGCAUCAAAUCCUGGAAGAUCUUCGACAGCAAGCCGGCACAGACCAAAGAUUUUCCGCCUGGGCCCACGUUGCGCGGGAAUGGCAACGGUUCUUUGAGCCAGACCUUUUCGAGUCUCUGAGCCUCCAGACUCCCCGCCCAGAUAUGCGGCAGUUCGAGAAUGUGGUCGUGAAUGGUCGACAGAAGUUUGUCAGAAAGAUUUCUCUUCAUGUGCAUUUGGCGCGGUACUCCCAAAAAGAGAACUACGAGUUCGAGGAUGAAGAUACAAGAAAGGCUGACAUAAAGGCAUUCUCUGACGCCAUACUCAACCUCUUCUCGGUCCUGUCUGAAUGGAAAGAUGGUGCCUCAGCUCAAGGCCUCACAUUUGAGUUGAUUACGACCUUCAUCGAAACACCGGGGCCUACGUCACCAGGAUUCAAUACCAAGCAUUAA